UAAAAAGAAUGUGGAAGAGUUGGAAUGUUUUGAAAAUUUGUGUCUUUCAAAAUACAAGAAUUUUGCAUGGACUCAACUAGUAUUUUUUGAGAAUGACCCAACCGAGGAAGUUAUAAACAAUUAUGAGAAUUUCGGUCUACCAACCAUUCAAAAUAUUGUUAAUCAUUUAAAAACAAUUCAAUCCACCGUGUCUAAAUCUAAAGAGUGGGUACAAAGAGGUGACGAAUUAUUUGAAAUCAUAAAACAAAUUUAUGAAAAAUUAGAAUCAUUAUGUGAUGAAAGAAAUGAUGAUCUGAAAUUAUACUUUCCAAAUGAUCUCCCGCUCUUUUUAAAUGGUGAAAACCCACUUGAUUCGGAAAGUUGGAUUAUCGCUUCACAUCUUGAUUUAAAUAUUAAAAAAGACUUCAAGCCAGACAGAAGAGCUACCGCAGAGUACCUUAAGAAUUAUAGCAGCCUUUUAAUUUUAGCUGGCGCGAAAGAUUCGAAAUUACCGAAGAACAAGCGAAAUAAAAACUAUGAAGAAAACAAUUCGCAACAUAUAAUUAAAUCAAUGAUUGAUUCUUUAUGUAUUGGAGAUAAUACAGCUGCAUCAAAUGACGUUUCAUUUCAUAUUAAAGAGCAAAGAUUUUAUGCGAAUUCAUCAAUAUUGGGUUAUGUUGCACCAUAUUUUAAAAUAACUGAACGAUUUAGUUUUACUUUUAAUGAUAUUGAACCAGAUUCAGUUCACAUUUUACUACGAUGGCUAUAUGGUGAACCAUUAUCUCAAGCCAUAAGUUAUAUUGGAACGAAAGAAGAUGAAGAUGAGUUUAUUCAAAUUUGUAAAGAUUUGUUAAAAUUGGCGAAUGAAUUUGAAAUUGAAUUACUUAAACAGUUGAUAGAACAUAAAUUAUUCGCAUUUCUUGACAUCAAUUUGAAUGAAAACACUCUUAACGAAUUAAAGACUAUGGCUCAUAGUAAUAGAUUAACUGAUCUUUUAGAUUAUUGUAAUAAGUUAGAAAAGGAAUAUUGCUAA